UGCUUCACCACUGGGAAAGGAGGAGGGGGAGAGACUAUGGCAGAGCCGGGCUUUGAGGAUUUACAGCUGAGCCAGAAUCUACCCCUCAGCCAGGAUUCAUUUAAAGAGCUGUGGGACAAGAUUAUACCCAGUACAGCAGGUCAUGAAGAAACCUGGAGGUCAGAUGGCACCAUGGAGAUGCUUCAGCUCAUCACUGACCACCAAUUGGCCGAAAACUUUGAUGAAAAUCUCUUUGAGCUUCCAAAUGACAUUUUACAUAAAGAUGGCAUUACACCCCCGGCCUCCACCGUACCGGUUACAACUGAUUAUCCUGGCGAAUGUGGGUUUCAGCUGAGAUUUCAAAAGUCUGGAACAGCAAAAUCAGUGACUUCAACUUACUCAGAGGUGCUCAACAAACUGUACUGUCAGCUGGCAAAGACCAGUCCCAUUGAGGUGCUGGUGAGCAAGGAGCCUCCUCAGGGUGCUGUACUCAGGGCCACCGCCGUGUACAAGAAGACGGAGCAUGUGGCUGAUGUUGUUCGCAGAUGUCCCCAUCACCAGAACGCGGACUCUGCGGAGCAUCGCAGCCAUCUGAUCAGAGUGGAGGGCAAUCAGAGGGCUCAGUAUUUUGAAGAUCGACACACAAAGAGACACAGUGUGACUGUACCAUAUGAGCCCCCACAGUUGGGCUCAGAGAUGACCACCAUCCUGCUGAGCUUCAUGUGCAACAGCUCCUGCAUGGGCGGGAUGAACCGCAGACCUAUCCUCACCAUCCUGACCCUGGAGAGUCCAGAGGGGCUGGUUUUGGGCCGGAGGUGCUUCGAGGUGCGCGUCUGCGCUUGUCCAGGCAGGGACCGUAAAACUGAGGAGGACAAUAAACAGAAGAAGGAGAGCGGCACCAAAGAGAUGAAAAAACGAAAGAGUGCACCACCUCCUGACACGUCCACAAAGAAGUCCAAAUGUACCUCCAGUGCUGAGGAGGAAGACAAGGAGGUUUUUCUCCUCCCUGUUCGUGGGCGUGAGCGUUAUGAGAUGUUGAAGAAGAUCAAUGACGGUUUGGAGCUGCUUGACAAGGACAGCAAAAGCAAGUCAAAGGUCUCAGUGAAGCAUGAGGUUCCCGUGCCCUCCAGUGGAAAGAGGCUGCUGCAGAGAGGAGAGAGGAGUGACAGCGACUAAGAUGCCCGUCACCUUCAUUUUGAAAACAAACGUCACGUCUUUGUCUGAGCCUUCAGGUCUAUUUCAGGUUUUAAAUGCCCAUUUAAAAACCAAAAUGCCAUCCUGCCUCAGUUAAAAAGGUUCUUAAAACUGUACUGCCUGUACUCAGUCACUGUACACUGACAUACUGUUGUGUUCAGUUAUGUUUUUCUUUUUUUUUUAAAAAUGUUUUUGAGAAAAACCUGUGUUCUUAAUUGGGUUGGAGCCGUUCAACAUGGUUUGAGUGAGAUUAUGAACGAUCCUUGUCAUAACGAGUCACUGCCGUUUAUUUAAAUAAAGUUCAAAGCUAGGCUUGGAAAACUUGAAUGGAAUUUGCUCCUGAUGUUGCUGUAUUACUGUGCUACAGUCCUGUUGCACCAUAUAAUUUUUAAACAGAUAUCUAGUUUGCAUGAUUGUCUGGGAAAUGCAACCACCUCUGCCCAACCUUGAUUCAUAUGCAAUGUGUAAUCAUGUCUGCAGUGUAAAACAGAACUAACCCAUAGUAUUAACUGAUCAUUCUUUAGUGGGGCUUUUUUUUUUUUUUUUUUCUUUCCUUUCUAAAUGCGGAUGUAUCAGUUUUCACUGUCACCAUUUUUUGUUUGCCUGUUGUGGGGAACAUAUUUUUUUUUUUUUUUUUUUUUUUUUUUUUUUUUAAAUUUUAUUUUAUUUUUUUAUUUUUUUCAGUUAGAUUUGGUAGAUGAGGGGCUGGCUGGAUCAUCCCCUGAACUAACAGUCUUUUAGUGUAGAUUUUAUUACAGGAGAAAAAAUAAGUGUCUGAUUUGUAAAAGUUAGUGUUACUUGAGUAGUCGCACACAGUAAAUGGAUGCAAUGACAACAAAACCUUUUUCUUCCCCUUUUGGACCUUUUUCAUAAAAAGUAAAUGUGAGCUGUCCUGUUGAUGUCCCCGCUGACCAAACCGUUUUUACACUGCCAACAAAAAUGUGUUAAAAGGCAUUCCUUAUUAUUUUUGAUUAGUUUGGGAAAAUAGUUUUGUAUAAGAGGGUUUCUCUAUAUUUUUCUGUUGUUUUUCACUUUUGUAUUGUACUAAUUACUUUUUGUGUAACUUUAAGCUUUAACGUGAAAUAAAUGCGAUAAGGAUCA